AACGUUGGAAAAAAUCAUUUGAACGAAUAUCUGUUUGGCGGAGCCGUCGAGCAGUUGAUCAACAUACUGAUUGCAUUCAUGUUUUCUGUGAUAGCAUUUUAUCCAUCGAUCGGAUACAAUCUUAUCCGCAACUAUUUGCAAUCGGCUAAAUGGCCAUGGUACAGCCGCAUCGAUGAGACAGUCGUACAAGGCGCGUUGCCGUUCCGUAGUAUGGUUGAUGAGUUGCAAAGGAAUGAAAAUAUCGGUGGUGUAGUUUCUUGUACGGAAGAAUUCGAAACGAAAGCGCUUUGGUCGACGAUGGGUAAAAGUGAAUGGGAAAAGCUUGGGAUAGCUUAUCAUGAAAUACCUAUGGUUGACUUUGUUGGCUCGUCGAGCCGAAAUGAAAUCGAAAAGGCGAUUCACUUCAUCGAUGCAAUCGGUAAACAGGGCAAAUCAGUAUAUGUGCACUGUAAAGCGGGUCGUACACGCAGUACGACGGUUGUCGUAUGUUAUUUAAUGGCUAAAAACAAUUGGAUGCCAAAUGUGGCAUUCGAAUAUUUGAAAAGCAAACGGCCACACGUCUUGCUGCGUUCAGCUCAUUGGCGAUCAGUCAACGAAUAUCGACGCUAUUUGGAUCAUCAUUAUCAAUCACACAAAUGA